CCCAUGUAAUGAUGCAUAAUGAGGUGGGACUGUAUGGAGACUUAACAAUGUGGGACGGAAACAAACCAUGAGCCCUGCGUUAAAAUGAUCCCCUAACUGAAAAAGUUAAGGCAGAAGUUAAAUAAACGCUAGUUAAAUAAUAAUACUUCGAGUAAUAUCCCAAUAAAAAGAAAAGAUAAAAAAAAAGUCCUACCUAUCUAUUCUAGCAUUGGAAAAUGAUUAACUACUUGAAUUGUCGCUGUCCUUCCCUCCCUCUUUUCUCUCGCCCUUCCCCUUUCAUUCACCAACCUUAGUCUAUCGUUUUAUUUUUUAUUUUCUUUCUAGGUACUUAAAUAUUACGAGGGAAUGAUUGUUUCCAUAAUAUGAUCCCUUUGUCAACAUCAUCGUCGUCACAGUCGUUAUUGUGGGCUUGACAUUUGAUAGAAACGCCUAUAUGUGUCGGCGUUAACUAAUCCCACUAUACGCUAGAAAGGAUUGCAUCGUUACUUCGACGGCGUUGGAAUACCACAUUUUCUACAUACCUUAGGUAGGUUUGUAGAAUUAUACGAUCCAAUUGUAUAUCCUACCGGUAUUUUAUCUUAGCAACACCACAAUCAGUCUCGGUAUCCUCGGGCGCGUUUCGCACGAGUCGCAGACAAAAAUGAAACGUGAAGAAGACGUCGAGUCGCAGGCUCAGCUGCUUUCCAAGGAGGGUCAAUCACCAUCGAGCGAGGAAUUCGACUAUAACGAACCCGAAUACAAUCAGCAAAACCAGCCAUCACGCGGGAGACUUCGCAUAGAGCAAAACACAUUAUGGCGCCGUAUCCAGUCCUUCGCUGUACCUGCUUGGGCACCUUUUCGAAAGUUUAGCCCCAAGUACUAUAUCUUCGCCAUCGUCGUCUCCUUACUCAUCACCCUGUUCAUAUUCAACCCCUAUUCCCCGACAAUACCUACCCAGCACCAGACCGACGUUGACGUGUCACCCACAACGUCAACCACCAGUACUGUAUCCCCAGCUGAAGCCUCAACCCCAGAAUCCAAGCCGCCGAAGCUCGCGCCUAACGACAAGUACUGCACCACGUGGCCUGUAGGCGAGAAUGGCGAGUAUAAGUCCAAGGGAACCGACCGAACCAACAAGAUCAAGACAGAUAGCAUCGCUCCUAAAGGUGGAUGGAAAAAACCUGCAGGUAUCAAGGUUAUCGGUAUGGUCUUCUACGGCCGCAAGAGAUAUGUGGACAUCUUGGAUUGUUAUCUCCAGCAGAAUCUGGCGUCGAAUGGCGGUUAUUUUGAUGAGGUAUGGUUUAUGGCCCACACUAAGGACAAGGAUGACGUCGACUGGAUAGAAGAUCUGGUUAAGAAGACACCUGGUUAUAAGGUUGUCGGUAAGGGAAAAUGCGAAGGUGAAAGUUAUAAGUGCUUGUGGACCUAUGCCGUAGAAGACAAAACCAUCUAUGUCAAGAUAGAUGACGAUAUCGUUUAUAUCCACCCUGACGCCAUCCCCCAGCUCGUCCAUACCCGCAUCGCCUUACCUCACCCGUAUGCCAUCUCGUCGAAUUUGGUUAACAGUCCCGUUACGGGAAUGGAACAAUACCACUACGGGGCGAUUCACCCUUUCCUCCCGGAUCCGAGCAGCACACCUUCGUCUCACGCUGUCGAGACAUGGCGCCCAUCCGAGAUGAAGAAGUACCCCAAGGACCAAUUAGUGGACGAGUAUAAAGUCAUGGACAUGGAGCCGCCAUACCGUGGCCACCCUUGGCUCCUUAUAUCCGACGAUAACUACGACCUAUUAAAGACACCGAUGGGCAAAUAUGAUCAGAACCGCGGUCCUGACCCAAUUGCAUUCGGCUUGGCGUGGAAGUCAUGGGCUAUUGGUGCGCAACAGCAAUAUUCACUCCUGUAUAACCUGGAGCAGAACAAGAUGCAACGCUAUUUCUUUGGUCGAAAUAUUCAAUACCCAGAGAACGCUUUGGGUCCUAAUGCUUCCGCGGUAGUCCUUCCCAAGGGAGGCGGUCCCGGUGGUGAGCAGGUGUAUGACACAGGAUAUAACCGAUACAACUUGAACUUUUGUGCCGUGUGGGGAUCUGACAUCAGGGACCAACUACCCAUCAAAGACGAUGACGAGCAAGAUAUAACUUCAAACAUCCCAAGGCGCAUUGGGCGACCAUUUGUCAUCGAUACUCGCUCUGUGGUAGGCCACUUCAGCUUCUUUACCCAGAAGGAAGGCAUCAACAAGAGCGAUCUUCUGGAUCGAUGGCGGGCUUUCGCGAAUGAGGCGGUAUGUACCGCGAAGAAUCAGAAAAAGCCAUGGGACCUGAUGUGUCCCGAUUUCAAAGCUCAAGGCGGUAUGGGAUGAUAGCGAGAGGUCCCGACAAGAAAUCCAAAAAAAAAAAAAAAAAAAAAAA